UUAGUUUUCUGUUUACAGGCGAUUGAACAACACGUGUUUGUCUAAUUGUUCAAUAAUGUUAUAAUGUUCUUUGAUUAAUUAAAAGAAUUAAAAGUUUACUUACUUUUUCAUCAUGUUAACGACAAAAACUUUCUUUCGAAAGACAAAAGGAGGGAGUAUUUAUAAGGUUGUAAGAGAACAUUAUCUCAGGGAUGAUGUUUGGUGUGGAUCAGAAGCUUGUAAUUUAUGCAAAAGUCACAAUAAUAUUCUUGACGAAACGAAUCCUGGAAUUAAAAGUUCUUUGUUUAAACAAUCUCAUUAUUUAUUACUCGAUACAAAUGUUGUUCUCGAUCAGAUCAAUGUUUUUGAAGAGGAUUCACUUUGUAAUGUAAUAAUUUUACAAACAGUUUUAGAGGAAGUAAGACAUAGAAGUUCUAAUGUUCAUACUAAAUUGAAGGAUAUAAUUUCUGAUCCAAAAAGAAAUUUUUAUGUAUUUGUCAAUGAACAUCACAAAGACACUUAUGUGGAACGAAAUCCAGGAGAAAAAGUUAAUGACAGAAAUGAUCGUGCUAUUAGAGUAGCAACAAAAUGGUUUAACGCGCAUUUGAAAAUGCAAGACAUUCCGAUUCAGGUGAUUCUUUUAACCGAUGAUGUUCAGAACAGAGAAAAAGCAAUUUCAGACUCAAUUCCUGUUGCCUCAAUGCAGGAUUAUAUAUCGUCAUUGGAGAAUCCUGGGUUUUUAUUGGAUAAAUUGAGUCGUAAAAGUUAUGAAGUUGAUGGCGAUUCACGAGAACCAUUAUUCCCCUGUCAUCUUCCUCCUUCUCAAUUACAUGAUGGAAUAAAAAGUGGCAAAUUUAUGCAAGGAACAUUUAUGGCUUCGAGGGAAAAUUUUCUUGAAGGUUCAGUGAAUGUAGAAGGCAUGGAGCAGUUUAUAUUAGUGCAAGGAAGAUCGAGUUUAAAUCGAGCAGUCGAUGGUGAUAUUGUAGCCAUUGAAUUAUUAGCAGAAGAUCAAUGGUCGGCACCAAGUGAUAUUGUUCUUCAAGAUGAGGAGGAGGAGGAUCCAGGCGAUGUUCUUGAGGAUGAGAAAAUUUUAAUGGAACAAGCUCCUAAAAAGAUUAUCGAAAAAACACCAACCGGUGUUAUUGUUGGUAUUAUCAGACGAAAAUGGAGACAAUAUUGUGGAAUACUGCAAGUCACAUUAAACAAAGAUAAUACGAGACACAUUUUUGUGCCUGCCGAGAGAAAAAUUCCCAAAGUUCGCAUCGAAACGAGACAAUAUGAAAAUUUGAGCAAGGAGAGAAUUAUUGUGGCAAUUGAUUCGUGGCCUCGUCAUUCGAGAUAUCCGAACGGACAUUUCGUUCGUGCCUUGGGACCAAUUGGGGACAAGAACACAGAAAAUGAAGUAUUACUUCUUGAACAUGAUGUUCCUCACAGCAGAUUUUCUGACGCUGUUCUUAGUUUCUUGCCCAAAUUGCCGUGGAUUAUCACUGAAAAUGACGUUGCUCAAAGGACAGAUUUGAGACAUUUGGAUGUUUGCUCCGUGGAUCCACCGGGAUGUACAGAUAUUGACGACGCUCUACACUGUCGAGACUUGCCGAACGGUAAUCUCGAAGUUGGAGUGCACAUUGCAGACGUCUCGCAUUUCAUCAGACCUGGAACUGCAAUUGAUAAAGAAGCUGCUUUACGUGCAACGACAGUUUACCUCGUUGACAAACGAAUCGACAUGGUUCCAGAGCUAUUGAGUUCAAAUUUAUGCUCAUUACGAGGAGGCGAGGAACGAUUUGCAUUCUCCUGCAUCUGGGAAAUAGAUCACGAUGCAAAUAUUAUUAAAACAGAUUUUUUCAAAUCUAUUAUACGCUCUAGAAGUGCGAUGACAUACGAGGAAGCUCAAAUAAAAAUCGACGAUCAACUUCAACAGGACUCACUCGCUAAAUCUUUAAGAGGUCUCAAUAAUCUCGCUAAAAAACUAAAAGCCCGACGUUUAGAAAAUGGUGCAUUGGUUCUUGCUUCACCGGAAAUUCGAUUUCAAGUUGAUAGUGAAACGCACGAUCCCAUUGAUGUGGAGGCAAAAAAAAUGCGCGAAACAAAUUCCAUGGUCGAGGAAUUCAUGUUGCUCGCAAAUAUUUCAGUUGCUACGAAAAUCCUUCAAGAAUUUCCUGAGUGCGCUAUGUUGCGUCGACAUCCUGAACCACCUCAAUCAAAUUUCGAUCCUUUGAUUAAAGCUGGAAAACAUCAAGGUUUUGAGAUUAAUACAAACACAGGAAAGGAAUUGGCUCUAUCCUUAGAAUCGGCACAUAAAGCAGAUAAUCCUUACUUUAACACAAUGCUGAAAAUUUUAGCGACGAGGUGCAUGAUGCAGGCUGUGUAUUUUACAAGUGGAAUGCUUCAGCCAUCGGAAUUUUUCCACUACGGAUUGGCCUGUCCAAUUUAUACUCAUUUCACGUCACCAAUUCGAAGAUAUGCUGAUGUAAUUGUCCACCGAUUAUUGGCAGUUUCUAUAGGAGCUGAUGCUACGUACACGGAUUUAUUAGACAAGAAAAUUAAUCACAAACUGUGCCACAAUUUAAAUUACCGAAAUCGAAUGGCUCAAUACGCAGGAAGGGCGUCGGUUGCACUUAACACUCAUUUAUUCUUUCGGGGAAAAAUUCAAGAUGAGGACGGAUACAUUCUUUUUGUACGAAAGAAUGCUUUGCAAAUUUUAAUUCCCAAAUUUGGUUUAGAAGGAACGCUUUAUUUAAAUAAAAAAGGCGAGGAGAAUCCAGUUAAUUUUACGUACGACGAAAUGGAGCAUACACAAACUUGUGGUUCUAUUGUUUUUCGCUCAUUUGAUCGCGUCACUGUUCAAUUGAGCCUCGAUAGAUCUAAUGUUCAACGUGAAAAACUUGUUUUUAAACUCGUCAAACCGGAGAUUCCAGGCUUCAGUGUUGCAGCGUUUCAAAAAGUAGAAGACAAGAAAGAACCAACAGAUUCGAAAUCUGAGCUAAAUGAAGAUGUUUUAAUGUCAGAUAAUGAGAAAGUAAUACCAAGUGAAUCGGAAUUAUCGAAACGAAAAGGGAAGAUGUCUGGUAAGAAGCAAAAUAAAAAGAGGAAAAAGUAAGAAAUUUUUUUUAAAAACAGUUACUGAAUUUUUUUUAUCUUUAUAUUUUUGAAAUUAAGAUUUUUUUUAAAUUUGUACAGAGAUAUUAUAUAUCUUUCAAUUCUCUAUCAAAUCGCCAUUUAGGACUAUAUUUUAAUUUCAAUAAAUAAUUCAGAAAAAUA